AUGUUUGUUGAAAGUAUUUGGUUGAAAGUAACCCAUAAUUCUUCAUUAAGACUUGGUCAGUUGCGCAGUGCAGCUCUUCGCCAAAAAUAUGGAGCAGAGUUUCUCAUAACGCUCGCAGUUGCUGGACCACCAACAAUCACUGAAGUGGCCUAUAACGUGCCUUCCUUUAACAAGUACGUCGAUCUAGUGCAAGUGAUGAACUAUGAUUUUCACAUCUACUCAUAUCGAUAUCCAGUUGUUGGAUUCAAUGCGCCUCUGAGAAAACUGAAAACUGAAUUAGGCGUGCUUGGAGAAAUGAAUUCGGUAACAUUGAACAUAUUGAAAAAUGAAGCGGAAGCUGCAAUGAAAACGUACUUUAAGUUGGGACUUUGGAGAAAUAAGACGGUUUUUGGAAUCCCUACGUACGGUAGAGGCUAUCGUUUACUUAAUUGGAAGUUGAAUAAGCCAUACUCAUUUGCUACACAAGCUGUAAACGACUAUGCU